AUGUCUGCUUCUGAAUUUGAGAUGUACAGCGAAGACGACGACGACGAGUUUGAUGUGGGGUCAGAAGAAGAAGAAGAAGAAGAAGAAAGAAAAUCACUGAGCUCGGCAGAUAACGAUGAGGAAGAGAAAGCCAGUGAAAUGGACCAGAAAACAGAGGCGAAAGAAAAAGAACUGAAAGCCAAUUCUGCAAAUUUUUCGAAGGAUACUGUUACCUGCCCACCUGUUGAUGAGCCAAUUAAACCGGUAAAACGAACUAUCGUCACCAUUGACAUACACGACGAGGAGUUUCGUUUGUUCAUGAAGCAGGAAGCUCUAGCCGCUGAAAAGGCUAAAAAAGCUGCCAAAGAAGCGAGCUCAAAGGUCGAAAAGAAAACUGAAGAGGAGGAAGAAGAAGAGGAUAAAGAAAACGACGACUCCGAUUACAUUGAUGAUGAUGAUGAUGGUGGUGGUGAAAGGGAUGACUCUGUAGACAGUGAUUACGAGGAGAUAAAGUCGGCAAAGAAGAAGAAGAAAUCAACAAAAAAGCAGUCGUUGACAACAAAGGAAAGAAAUGGCACAAGAAAAGAAGCCAAAGCGGAAACCGCGUUCCAUUCACCAGCAAAAAAGCGACCAUUCAAAUGUCCGGACUGCCCUCUGCUCUUUGACUACCCCUCACGGCUGCAGCGCCACUUCCUGGCGAAUCACAGCGAGGAGCGCCCCUUCACCUGCACCGCCUGCCCGAAGGCCUUCAAGACGGCCUACUCGCUGAGCAAGCACCAGCAGACGGUGCACAGCGACGUCCGCCGGCACCGCUGCGCCCAGUGCGGCAAGCACUUCAAGCACCGGAGCAACCUCCAGCAGCACCAGGUGACGCACCUCACCGCCCGCGCCUACCAGUGCACCGUCUGCGGGAGCGCCUUCAAGACGCCGUCUGCGCUCAAAGGGCACCAGGCGAUUCACAGCAGCGAGGGCAGCGACCGGCACCGCUGUUCGGCUUGCGGCCACGGCUUCCGCCGGGCCGGCCAACUGCGGAAGCACCUGACGGUGACGCACAGCGACGCCCGGGGGCACCACUGCCCCCUCUGUUCGCGCUCCUUCAAGUCGCGGGACACGCUGCGGCAGCACGGGCUGGUGCAUAGCGAGCAGCGGCCCUACGCCUGCGACCGCUGCCCGGUGGCCUUCAAGACGCCCGGUGACCGGCGGCGCCACCUCCUGCAGGUGCACUCCGCGGCGCGGCGCCACCUCUGCCCGAGCUGCGGCAAGGCCUUUAAGACGGCGCCCUGCGUGCGGCAGCACCAGCUGCAGGUGCACAGCGAGGAGCGCCCCUUCCGGUGCCCCCACUGCCCGCUGGCCUGCAAGAAGCGCCGCACCCUGGAGGUGCACGUCCAGCGGAGGCAUCCGCAGAAGAAGAAGCCGAAGCAGAAGCCGAAGCCUAAACCUAAGCAGAAGAAGCCGAAACCGAAGCCAAAACCGAAGAAGAAGCAAAA